AUGGACCCCGAAACUGUUCCAGUAUUUCAACCUAUGCGCCGGAUCCCUUUGCCGUUAGAGGAGGCUGUCGCCAAGAAAAUCGAUGAAUUACUGAAGCGGGAUAUCAUCGAGGUCAAAAAGGGUCCCACCAGCCGGGUAUCUCCACUGGUUGUCGUAGGAAAAGCAAACGGCGAACCGCGAUUGUGCGUUGAUCUUCGGCGAGUGAACGAGGCCGUUCUCCGCGAGCAUCACCCGACGCCUGUGGUUGAGGACUACAUUGCGCGAUUGGGAAGAAGAUCUGUUUGGAGCAAGCUAGAUAUUCGUGAGGCGUUUCUGCAAAUCGAACUAGCAGAAAAUUCUCGGGACGUUAUAACUUUUAUGACUAACCGUGGACUAUUUCGCUUUAAGCGAUUGCCGUUCGGCUUGAUAACGGCACCGGAGGUUUUCCAAAAAGCGAUGGACGAGAUGUUGGCAGACUGUAGCGGCACCUAUUGGUACCUCGAUGACAUCAUCGUCAAGGGAAAGGACGUCGAAGAACACGAUAAUCGUCUUGAGAAGGUACAUUGA